AUGGCGAGUUGGGAGAUAGCCAAAGAAAUGAUCAAACCAUCUUCUUCUCCAGUUCCACCACACCUGAGAAAGCUUGAGCUUUCGUUUCUAGACCAAUUAGCCCCACCCACUUAUAUUCACAUCAUUCUCUACUACCAAGCUUUUCAUCACCACCACGAUUCUGGUGAAACGUCGCGAAAGCUUAAACGAUCUUUAUCGAACGCUUUAGCCAUAUAUUAUCCGCUUGCUGGCAGAAUCCGCGAGGAUUCUUGGGUCGAUUGUAACGACGCCGGUGCAGAAUAUGUAGAAGCUUGGUUUAACAACGUUCAACUCUCGGAUGUUGUAGAAAAAUCAGGAACGGAGGAGCUGAAACAGUACGUGCCGGUGGAGCCCUCCGGCGGCCCAGACAUUCCCCUGGCUGUCCAAGUUAGCUUCUUCGGCUGCGGUGGGACGGCAAUCGGCGUCUGCUUGUCGCACAGGGUGGCGGACGCAAUGUCCCUGGUGACGUUUAUAAAUGCAUGGGCAGCCGCUUGUCGGGGGGACACGGAAACCAUUGCGGUUACUGAGCCCACCUUUGGUUUGGCCUCCCGUUUCCCACCGGCAGAUUUUUCCAAGUAUUUUCCAUCAAGAGCGCCGCAGCCGCCUCCUCCUCCUCCUCCUCGUCCUGAGAAGAUUGUGACGAAAAGAUUCGUAUUCAACGAACAGAAACUCGCCGCACUGAGAAACGCUGCCUCCGGGCCAAUAAUGGAGAAACCGACCAGAGUGGAAGCUGUCUCCGCCUUCAUCUGGCGUCAUUUCAUUAAAGCUGAGAGAUCGAAAGAUAAGAUAAACGGAAAAGAAAGUGUUUUCACCGCCACCCACGCCGUGGAUAUCCGGCCCCGAGCCAGCCCUCCUCUUCCCCGUCAGUUUUUCGGGAACGCUUGCGCCCGAGCAAUGGCAAUGACAACAACUGCAGAAACAGAACCAGAUUAUUACCGGCUAACAACUAAGUUGAGAGACGGAAUCAGAAAAGCCAACGCUGAUUAUGUUACAAGACUCGAAAAUGGAGACAGUUUUCUGAAAUACUACGCGGAUAAUGAGGAGAAUGAUCCAGCGUUCAAGCAUGGAAGAAAAAUCCUGGAAAUGUGUGGUUUUACCAGUUGGUACAGGCUGCCGGCAUAUGAAGUGAAUUACGGGUGGGGGAAGCCUGUUUGGGUUUCCAUUAUCGGCGUCCAACACAAGAAUUUGAUAUUCUUUUUGGGCACUAAAUCUGGGGACGGGAUUGAAGCGUGGGUGAAUAUGCUUGAAGAAGAUAUGGCCAUUAUCGAGGACAGUUACCAUCUUUUGAACAAAUUGGACAACAAUGUCAAAUCACGGAACGGAUGA